AGCUACUCACUUGGAAGACCAGCCUCUCCACUUCACCAGAUACUCGAACUUUCCCUGCAGAGACACCCACGAGGGCAGUAAUGAGCCAGACGGGCGGAACUGCGUCUGCGGAACGUCUCUUCUUGCGGUAGGAGCCAAUUUCGUGUUGCACUGCUGAAUGUUUGAUAACCGCCUGUUUAUCGCUGAGCUGCUCUUCACAGCCGAGCCCCUCAGGUGAGAUGCUUCUGCCUCUACUGCUGCGUCCGUCCCUCUCGCCCCGGUUGACGGGAUGCGUCCGGGCGCUUCACGGCAUCUCUCAGAGGACCCUGCUCUCCCAGGGUGAACACUUGGUUCGGCGGCGGCCCACAUCUCGCCUCCCGACGAGGAACCACAGUAGAAAAUCGAGGGGUCAGGAGGAGGAGUGGAGGACCAGGAACAAGACGGUGCUGACAUACAUUGCUGCUGCCGGGGUGGGAAUGAUCGGGCUGUCCUAUGCUUCUGUACCUCUGUACCGCCUCUACUGUCAGUCGACGGGGCUAGGCGGCACGGCUGUUGCCGGACACAACACGGAUCAGGUGGAGACGAUGAAACCGGUGAAGGAACGCAUCAUCAAGGUGACCUUCAACGCCGACACGCACGCCAGCAUCCAGUGGAACUUCAGACCGCAGCAGACGGAGAUCUACGUGGUUCCGGGCGAAACGGCGCUGGCCUUCUACAGAGCCAAGAACCCGACAGACAAACCCAUCAUCGGCAUUUCCACCUACAACGUGGUGCCCUUUGAUGCAGGGCAGUACUUCAACAAAAUCCAGUGUUUCUGCUUCGAGGAGCAGCGUCUCAAUCCUCACGAGGAGGUCGACAUGCCGGUCUUCUUCUACAUCGACCCGGAGUUCGACGACGACCCGCGGAUGGCUCAGGUCGACACCAUCACGCUGUCAUACACCUUCUUCGAGGCGAAGGAGGGACAGCCCCUGCCUCUGCCCGGGUACAGUUACAGAUGAGCCGAAUGCGGAGACGUCCGCCGGAGGAACUGAAGGCUGGAAAGAGUCUCGUCAUGUUCGUUCUAUGAACAAAUAAUCUUCCACCUUCUGACGACCCUCCAUGAUAAUCCGAAUGUGAUCAUAUUGAGGCAAAACCGCGCCUUGCAUUCAGGCAGUCCAAGAUUUGUGUGAAGGUUUUGUUUUUUGUACUUAAUUGUACUUAAUUUUCUGUGCACACAUAUUAAGAAGAAGAAGAGUUAUGGGUUACGGUGACUCUCAUCCGGUCCAUUUGAUGCCUUAAAAGCAAGAAGCAGCAGAACUUGAAACUUGCUAAAAAUUCAGACUUCCGCAACAUUUCUGGUGCUGCUGAAGGACUGGAUGCUCAAAGCCGUCGAGAUGGAGCUUCACGUGAAUAUUUAUUUUCAGUCACCUGUCAGGAAGCGGGUCAAUAAAUCCUGAUCUGCGCUUCCUCCCGAAACAUACACCUGUGAUUCCUGUGGUUCCACCCGAGUGCUGCUGGUUUUUCCAUCCAACCGCCUCAGACUCAUCCAGCAACGCACUCCUUCUGGGGAAAAAUAUAAACGUCGUGAUCUGCACAUAUGCACCACGUCUGUCUGUGUUUGGUUUUUCUAUUGCUUUUUAUUUGGUUUUACCCACAAGUGGAUUUCCCAUGUAUGCAUAAGAAUGAGUAAAAAAAAAAAAAUGCAUAUAAAUAUAUUUCUUUAUGUUUAACUAUCAGUUCUGGGAUUGUUCAUGAGAACAUGGCUCAAAAGGGUGAACCAGCACAAUUUUAGGCAGAUGAUCAUGUUGCCAUGGCUGAUUGGUGAAUAAUGUGAAAUUCACAUAAAAAAAUAAUUUAAAAAAACUAAAACGAGAAGAUCUUCAGAAAAAAAAAGUAUAAACAAAUGGUAGGACAAUAAAGACGCGUUCUGUCAUUAAAAACAUAUAAAUCCUUCAUUGCUGAAGUGUUUUCAUGCGUUUAUCUGGGCUGUUUUUCCUCUGAAAUUGCUGUAUUUUAGCAAAAGCAAAAUAAAAUCAGAAAUAAUUUUUGAA